AUGAGACCCAUUACCUCUACCUUGCCAGGGGGAAUCGUGCGAAAUAUAUGGACUUGGGCUCGGUCGUCCGUCUCAUUUCGACGUCGUGAAAUUGGUGAAAGCAAUCAAUCUAAGACAGAGCUAUUCACAAUUUCUACCCAGCAGUCAACUGCUUCUGACGCGCAAAUCGUGCGUUCCUCAGAUGAGACGCUCGUCAUCCUUCAUUUGAGCGACGCGACCAAUAACGACAGAGAUACGGGAGGCCCAAAACUUGCUCUCGAAAGCAGAAGCUUUCCGAACUCAAGGCCUGCCUGGAUAAAGGGUAUUGAUUUAUGUGGAUACGCGACGGCUGGCUUUCUGUUGCUCAAUGUCGUCUUCAUUUCCGUGGCUGGCGCAUUAGCGACCAAAUACCAAGAAUUUGAGGGAUCGGCCAGCUCCAAGGUGAUGUACGAUGGUCCUUGUACUGCCGUAGGUUGGUGGAACUCGGCUCUUCACGCUGUGGUCAACAUCAUCAGCACCUGCACUUUGGGAGCAAGUAACUAUUGCAUGCAGACAUUGGUUGCCCCGACCCGGGAAGAGAUUGACGCUUCCCACGCGAAGCGUCGCUGGCUGGAUGUUGGAGGCCAGAGCAUCAGGAACCUCUCCGCUAUAUCGAAUGCUCGACUUGGUCUUUGGGUUGUCCUAUGCAUGACUGCCAUCCCAUUUCAUUUGCUGUAUGAAAGCAGUCUGUUCCUACGGAGUAUUUGCUGUGCUAAUGCCACUUUAGUUACAACUCGUUCGUGUCUCGAAGCUUGA